UCCCGUUGAUAUAUAAACUGAUCUGCCGGUUCAAACCGUGGUUUAUUUUAGUUCGAUUCUCCUAUCGAGACUUGUCUCUCUUUCUCUGUGAUUAAGAAGUCAUUUUUGCUCUACUCUUCACUUUAGUUAAAGGUUGUUGUAGCGUAUCAGCGGAAGACAUUUCUAACCGGAAAAAUGCACGGCCUCGAAGAUUUGUCUUUGAAAGAAAGAGAAGCAUGCAUUGAGUUGAAAAAACGAGUUUCCAAUGACAUAACCAAUGAGAGUUUGAAGAAUGAUGUUAAUUUGUAUCUUCGUUUUCUCAGAGCUCGGGAUUUCAACUUAGAUGUGGCGGAGGCUAUGCUGAGAAAUCAUAUUGCUUGGAGGGUUGCGAACCAAAUUGAUACUAUUCGGACAUCUUAUGAGCCAGAAGAGGUUGUGAUAAAAUAUUUACCUCUUCAAAGAAUAGGAUUUGACAAAGAGGGCUCCCCUGUUCGUUAUUUCGAUUUUGGAAAUACAGAUAUCAAAGGUAUCCUGAAAUCUUGUAAGACAAAUGCAGCCGUCAAAAGUGUAGUAUGGAUGUUUGAAGAAGAUGUAGCUAUAAUGAAAAAGAAAUCUGAAGAGCUCGGAAAAAAUAUCCAACAGUGGAUAUAUAUUCUUGAUUUUGACAACUACAGCUUUGCGAAAGCAACUCACAAACCAACUGCGGAAGCUUUGAUCCAGCUUUUCAUGACAUAUGAAGCAAAUUACCCAGAGAGAUUAAAAACAGCAUACAUCAUAAAUGCUUCGGUGUAUUUCACCCUCAUAUUCGCCAUCAUCAAGCCUCUACUGUCUGGAAAUACUAUACAGAAAAUAGUAAUUUACGGAAAAGAUGGAUGGAAAGAAGAUCUAGUGAAAGCUAUCGAUGUUGAUGUCUUGCCUGCUUUUCUGGGAGGAACAAAGACUGAUCCUGAUGGAAACCCAAAAUGUCACAACACUAUCAAACAUGGCGUGACGGUUCCGAAAGAAUAUUACAUGACUAAGAACACUCACCGUCUCAAAGGCCUGCCAGGAGUGAAAAAAUUAACCGUUUCUCGUAAAUCCAAAAUGGCUAUAGAAUUAACUGUGGUAGAAGCUGGAUCAGUUAUCGAGUGGGAAUUUGAAACAGAGAAUAAAGAUAUUGGCUUUGCCCUUUUCUUUAAGGAAUCAGCUUGCAAUAAAACCGAGGGGACUGAGCUUAUCCCUAAGCAAAGGAUCGACACUAACUUUCAAUCUGAAACUGGAAUGUUCCUAUGUGAGAAACCAGGAGUGUAUAUCUUGAUAUUUGAUAAUUCUUAUAGCUGGAUUUAUCAAAAAGAAAUCUAUGUCAAGGUUGAAGUAGUUAGAGCGAAAGAUAGGAAAGGAAGUAAAGCACAACUGAAACUUGUUUAAAAUAAAGAACGCGCAGUCAAAACAGAUGUAUUAGAAACUACAAUCAAAAACUGCACAACUCGUUUGUUUUUUAACUUUUAUUGCAGAUAUAUUUCUGAAAUGAACUUUCUUAAGAAUUAUAUUACAUUUAUUUGUUGGUAACUGAAAACUGAAUUUAUUUUGUAAACUGAAUUGAAUACAUUUUUGGGUAAAAACAAUUUUUAUAUAAGCUUUUUUUUUUUUUCAUAAAUAUGUAUAAUGCGUGAUAUAAAUUUCGAAGGAAAGUUUUUUAGGAGGUAAAAAUCAUCUUUCUCAAGUUAAAAAUUUUUUUUUUUAUAAUGAAUUCAGUUUUAUACGCACUGUACUUUAUGUAGAACAUGUCAUUUUCAUCUGUAUAAUAUUAUAU